GUCAGGUCACCAAGCUACGGUCAGGGCCGCCCACAGCCCACGAUCGCAGGAACGUAAUCGCCCUGCGCAUGAGUGAACGGAGGUUCCCCGGGUCGACUACAUCUCCCGGAAAGCACUGAUUCGAGCCUCUCUCCAUUUUGCGGUCCGGAAGGUAGCAGAGGGAGGCCCCCCCGCCCCAGCAAGAGGUUGCUACGGAGACGGGGGGCGAAACUGACGGCAUCCUAGUGAGGGCUGUGAUUGGUGCAGAACCCUGCUAAUCCAGGGAAGACCCGUAGAGAAUUGAGGAAAACGUGGUGGGGGGCAUGCGCGGUCUGGAAGGCGGUACUGCCGUCCGUUGCUUUCGAGGAGCUUGCGCACGUCGACUGGGGCCGGACGCCUGGAUUCGAGGCGGGGAGCAUGGAAAGAGGCAGCAGGCACUGGGACCUAAUCAUUGCGACCACCGCUACCCCCAAGGGACGGGAGGAGGCGGGGUAGAAACGAAAGCUAGGGUGGGGGAAGGGUAAGGAGGUGCUAGAGCUGGUUGGUACGCAGAGCGUCCUGGGAGACGUAGUCCAUCCUGGGAGGCAGAAGUCGGCGAGUGCGCAUGCCCAAGAGCGCGGAGCGGCAAGCUGAGCGCGGAGGUGAGGCCCGGGCAGGCCUCUCGACCGGCAAUGCUCGGGUGGGGAAUGGGGUGGUGGCUGCGGAGACCGGGAGCGCAGGCCAGGGAUCCUGGCAAUCCCUGCAGGCUGGUCCUGCGCUGUCGCGCAAGGCUCAUCAAUCACCACUCGUUGCCACGACAACAGGCUUUGAGAGCUCCGCCCCCCGGUUGCCAUGGCGGCACACCCUGGAGCGGAAGUUACCCGCCUAGACUUCUGGGAAGUGUAUUUCGGGAACCUUCACGGCGACUCUCGGGCUGGAUGACCGAAGUUUCUCCCAGGAUUUCAGGUUGACAUGGAACCGUGAGGAGUGGAGGUUUGGCCCACGGGAUCAGGCGGCCUUCGAAAUUGGUUCCACCAAUGGGGGGAUGACUGCGGUGCCAUCCCCUUAAUAAUCGCCGAUUCCUUCACAAAGCCCAGGCUGCAGAAGGAGUUGCCCGAGCGGGGAGGUCAGCCCCACUUGCAGAUGGGGAAACAGGUUCACAGAAGCACAGCGACCUGAAAAUGGACAGAAUCAGGAUCUCGGACCUUUCUUGCAGGCUCCUGUUCAACCAGUGGUCUGGGGGGAGGGGGUCUUUGCAGCCCCUUCAGAAGUUCUCUCGUCACUUCCCAGCCCCACCUAAAUCACGGAGCUGAGGAAUCGGGCCAUUGCGUGGUGUGAUAAAUUGGGAUCAGAGGAUGGGACUGAGUAGGGAGAAGGUGCUGCCUGAGGGCUGGACCAGCGAGUGGCUUUGCACCAGUUAUGAGGGGAGACCAGGGGCAGACGGUGGCCUCAGAAACGUGACCUGGUAUUCCCAAUGAGGCCUGCUGUGCUGGGAUCCCCAAGCACCACACCCCCAGAAGAUGAGGGGCCUGUCAUGGUGAAGCUGGAGGACUCUGAGGAGGAGGGUGAAGCUGCCCCAUGGGACCCGGGCCCCGAGGCUGCACGCCUGCGCUUCCGGUGCUUUCACUAUGAGGAAGCAAUAGAACCCCAAGAGGCCUUAGCCCAGCUCCGAGAGCUGUGUCGCCAGUGGCUUCAGCCGGAAGUGCACUCCAAGGAGCAGAUGCUGGAGCUGCUGGUCCUGGAGCAGUUCCUGGGCGCACUGCCCCCUGAGAUCCAGGCCCGUGUGCAGAGACAGCAGCCAGACAGCCCUGAGGAGGCCGCUGCCCUGGUAGACAGGCUGCGCCGGGAGCUGGGCGGGCCUCGGAGAUGGGUCACAGUCCAGGUGCAAGGCCAAGAUGUCCUAUCAGAGAAGAUGGAGCCCUCCAGCUUCCAGUCUCUACCUCAAAGUGAGCCUCAAACUCCAGAGCCUGGGCCAGAGACGUCCCCUGGGACCAUGCAGGGAUCACCACUGCUGAGCCUUCAGGUGAAAGAGGAGCCAGAGGUCACAGAGGACCCAGAGCCCCUGGAUUUUGGGCCUCUAGCUGCCAGCCAGGAGGCUGCACCCAUCCUCCUGCCUGAGGAGGCCCAGGGCUGUGGGACAGCGUUGGACCAGGCCUUUCCCCACAGCAAGACUGGGCCUGAAUGGCCCUCAUGGAGGCAGCACCCUGGGGCCCUGUGGCAUGAGGAAACUGGGGGCAUCUUCUCCCCAGGGUUUGUGCUCCAGAUGAACAGCGUCUCCACAGGCCCAGGUACUGUGAGCCCUCCCCUUCACGUCUCCUGGGACACUGGCAUGGCAGGUCUCUCAGGUCGGACACAGUCACCCUCUCACGAAGGUGGCUUUGUGCAUGCACUCCUGUUCCCCAGCGACCGGAGCACUGAACAGGACCCCAUGGACGAGGAUUCCUGCCGGGGUGUGGGGCCCACACUGGUCACCACCACCGCCCGUUGGCGCAGCCCCAGGGGCCGAAACCGGGGCCGGGGCCGCCCGACCACCGGGGCAGGGACAGUUCGGGGCGGCCGUUGUGAUGUGUGUGGCAAGGUGUUCAGCCAACGCAGCAACCUGCUGCGACACCAGAAGAUCCACACGGGUGAACGACCAUUUGUGUGCAGCGAGUGCGGCCGCAGCUUCAGCCGCAGCUCACACCUGCUACGCCACCAGCUCACGCACACUGAGGAGCGGCCUUUUGUGUGCAGCGACUGUGGCCAGGGCUUUGUGCGCAGCGCGCGCCUGGAGGAGCACCGGCGUGUGCACACAGGUGAGCAGCCCUUUCGUUGCUCAGAGUGCGGCCAGAGCUUCAGGCAGCGUUCCAACCUGCUGCAGCACCAGCGUAUCCACGGAGACCCGCCGCCGGGCCCUGGCUCUGUGCUCCCUGCCCUUUCUGGGGCGCCGGAGCCCCCAGGUCCCUUUCCGUGCAGCGAGUGCUGCGAGAGCUUCACACGGCGUGCUGUGCUGCUGGAGCAUCAGGCGGUGCACACAGGCGACAAGUCCUUCGGCUGCGUGGAGUGCGGCGAGCGCUUUGGCCGCCGCUCGGUGCUGCUGCAGCACCGGCGCGUGCACAGCGGUGAACGGCCCUUCGCCUGCACCGAGUGCGGCCAGAGCUUUCGGCAGCGCUCCAACCUCACGCAGCACCGGCGCAUCCACACGGGCGAGCGGCCCUUCGCCUGCGCGGAGUGCGGCAAGGCCUUCCGUCAGCGGCCCACACUCACGCAGCACCUGCGCGUGCACACGGGCGAGAAGCCCUUUGCGUGCCCCGAGUGCGGCCAGCGCUUCAGCCAGCGCCUCAAGCUCACGCGCCAUCAGAGGACACACACGGGCGAGAAGCCCUAUCAUUGCGGUGAGUGCGGCCUGGGCUUCACGCAGGUAUCGCGGCUCACGGAGCACCAGCGUAUCCACACGGGCGAACGGCCCUUCGCCUGCCCUGAGUGCGGCCAGAGCUUCCGGCAGCACGCCAACCUCACCCAACACCGGCGCAUCCACACGGGCGAGCGGCCCUACGCAUGUCCCGAGUGUGGCAAGGCCUUCCGCCAGCGGCCCACACUCACCCAGCACCUGCGCACCCACCGGCGAGAGAAGCCCUUUGCCUGCCAGGACUGCGGCCGCCGCUUCCACCAGAGCACCAAGCUCAUCCAGCACCAGCGCAUGCACAGCGCGGAGUAGUUCCAGCCAGCACACACUGUGUCCACCUUGGUCAGAACACCUGCCUUACAGGGUUUUGGGGAGGCCAGUGAUUGCAUAGGUACAAGCAGGCCCACCCAGGGCCUGGUCCCCAGUAGGUGCUCAAUAAACAGUAGAUGGAAAACUGGGUCUCCA